AUGGAGCGCUGGCCUUGGCCGUCGGGCGGCGCCUGGCUGCUCGUGGCGGCCCGCGCGCUGCUGCAGCUGCUGCGCGCAGACCUGCGUCUGGGCCGCCCGCUGCUGGCUGCGCUGGCGCUGCUGGCUGCGCUCGACUGGCUGUGCCAGCGCCUGCUGCCCCCGCCGGCCGCACUCGCCGUGCUGGCCGCCGCCGGCUGGAUCGCGUUGUCCCGCCUGGCGCGCCCGCCGCGCCUGCCCGUGGCCACUCGCGCGGUGCUCAUCACCGGCUGUGACUCUGGUUUUGGCAAGGAGACGGCCAAGAAGCUAGACGCCAUGGGCUUCACGGUGCUGGCCACCGUGUUGGAGUUGGAUGGCCCCGGCGCCCUAGAGCUGCGUGCCUGCUGUUCCCCUCGCCUAAGGCUGCUGCAGAUGGACCUGACCAAGCCAGCAGACAUCAGCCGAGCACUGGAGUUCACAAAGGCCCACACCACCAGCACGGGCUUGUGGGGCCUGGUCAACAAUGCAGGCCACAACGAUGUGGUGGCCGAUGUGGAGCUGUCUCCAGUGGCCACAUUCCGCAGCUGCAUGGAGGUGAAUUUCUUUGGUGCCCUUGAGCUGACCAAGGGUCUCUUACCACUGCUGCGCCGUUCUAGGGGUCGUAUCGUGACUGUGGGCAGCCCAGCAGGAGACAUGCCAUACCCGUGUUUGGCAGCCUAUGGGACCUCCAAAGCGGCCAUGGCGCUGCUCAUGGACACAUUCAGCUGUGAACUUCUGCCCUGGGGGGUCAAGGUCAGCGUCAUCCAGCCUGGCUGCUUUAAGACAGAGUCGGUGCGGAAUGUGGGCCAGUGGGAGCAGCGCAAACAGCUGCUGCUGGCCAGCCUGCCCCGAGAGCUGCUACAGGCCUAUGGCGAGGACUACAUCGAGCACUUACACGGGCAGUUCCUGCACUCACUGCGCCUGGCGCUGCCAGACCUCAGCCCGGUCGUAGACGCCAUCACCGACGCUCUGCUGGCCGCCCGGCCACGCCGCCGCUAUUACCCGGGCCGGGGCCUGGGGCUCAUGUACUUCAUCCACUACUACCUGCCCGAGGGCCUGCGGCGCCGCUUCCUGCAGACCUUCUUUAUCAGCCACUGUCUGCCGAGAGCGCUGCGGCCUGGCCGGCCUGGCUCUGCCCCAGCCCAGGAUGCAGCCCCGGACCCGGACCCAAACCCAGGCCCUUCCCCUGUGGCAGCGCAAUGA